AUGUGCGGUGAAGGAAUCUGCGGUUCAUGUGCGAUGAACAUUGGAGGUGAAAAUACGCUCGCGUGUAUCUGUAGAAUUGAUACUGAUACGAGCAAGGUCACCAAGAUUUACCCUCUGCCGCAUCAGUAUGUUAUCAGGGACCUCGUUGUCGACAUGAACCUUUUCUAUGAGCAAUACAAAUCUAUUAGGCCAUGGAUUCACAAGAAAUCGGCAGUCACGUUGGGUCAGAAGCAAUUUUUCCAGACAAUAAAAGAGCGUGAAAAAAUAGAUGGACUUUACGAAUGCAUUUUGUGCCUAUGUUGUUCAACGUCUUGCCCAUCAUAUUGGUGGAAUUCGGACAAGUAUUUGGGACCAGCUGUGCUGAUGCAGGCUUAUAGAUGGGUGAUCGACUCUCGAGACGACUACGCCUAUGAGCGUCUUCAUCUCAUUCACGACAACUAUUCCAUGUUCAAAUGCCAUACUAUCAUGAACUGCACGAAGACUUGUCCUAAGGUGGGAGUUUUAUCAGACAAA